AUGUCGAAGCUAAAGUGCUCAGAGUCGGUCAGAGUGGUGGUGCGAUGCCGGCCGAUGAACAGCAAAGAGAAAGUAGCCUCCUACGAGCAAGUGGUCCAGGUGGACGUCAAGUUGGGGCAGGUGUCAGUGAAGAACCCCAAGGGGACUUCUCACGAGCUGCCAAAGACUUUCACCUUUGAUGCCGUUUACGACUGGAAUUCCAAGCAGUUUGAGCUCUACGAUGAGACCUUCCGGCCCCUGGUGGACUCGGUGCUGCAGGGAUUCAACGGGACCAUCUUUGCCUACGGGCAAACCGGCACGGGGAAGACCUACACGAUGGAAGGUGUGCGUGGCGACCCCGAGAAAAGGGGCGUCAUCCCCAAUUCCUUCGACCACAUCUUCACGCACAUCUCCCGGUCUCAGAACCAGCAGUACCUGGUGAGGGCUUCUUACCUGGAGAUCUACCAGGAGGAAAUCCGGGACUUGUUGUCAAAGGAUCAGUCCAAGAGGCUGGAGCUGAAGGAGCGGCCAGACACGGGAGUGUACGUGAAGGACUUGUCGUCCUUCGUCACAAAGAGCGUCAAGGAAAUAGAGCACGUCAUGAAUGUGGGGAACCAGAACCGCUCAGUCGGGGCCACCAACAUGAACGAGCACAGCUCCCGUUCGCACGCCAUCUUUGUGAUCACCAUCGAGUGCAGCGAAGUGGGGCUCGAUGGGGAGAACCACAUACGCGUCGGGAAGCUCAACCUCGUGGACCUGGCCGGCAGUGAGCGCCAGUCUAAGACCGGAGCCCAGGGGGAGAGGUUGAAGGAAGCGACAAAGAUCAACCUCUCUCUCUCUGCCUUGGGCAACGUCAUAUCUGCCCUGGUGGACGGCAAAAGCACUCACAUUCCCUAUCGGGAUUCCAAGCUCACCAGGCUGCUCCAGGAUUCGUUAGGGGGCAAUGCCAAGACGGUGAUGGUGGCCAACAUCGGCCCCGCCUCGUACAACGUCGACGAGACCCUGACGACGCUUCGGUAUGCCAACCGGGCCAAGAACAUAAAGAACAAGCCGAGAGUGAACGAAGACCCCAAGGAUGCGCUGCUGCGGGAAUUCCAGGAGGAGAUCGCGAGGCUCAAGGCGCAGCUAGAAAAGCGGUCCGUUGUCAAGAGGAAGAAGAAAGACAGGAGGAGAGACGGAAGCUUCAGCGCCGGCGGGGAGGACGAGGACGAGGAGGAAGAUGGCGAAGAAGGGGAGGAGGAAGGAGGAGGUAACAAAGGUGACUACUGGAAAGAGCAGCAGGAGAAGCUGGAGAUCGAGAAGAGGGCUAUCCUGGAGGACCACAGUUUGGUGGCUGAGGACAAGAUGAGGCUCCUGAAGGAGAAGGAGAAGAAGAUGGAAGACCUGAAGCGAGAGAAGGAGGCAGCUGAAAGGCUGGGCGCCAAAAUCAAGGUAGGAGGCUCUUUGCCGAGUUCUGUGGAUUCAGAAAAGUGGCCUGGGAGGAACCUCUCUGGGGGAGGUUCAGUGUUGAAGACUAAAAACAGAAGCAUAGGGAUUAGGAAUUGUUCCUGAAACGCUUCUCUGAUGUUCAGAGUGGUUCUGACAUUCUGAAUUCAAAGGUUUCCUUUCCAAAUUAUUCCCAGCUAGAGAACUGCUGCCAGCAGUUGGAGAGGUGUAGGUGAUUUAAGACCUGGUUUGGACAAUCAAAUUCUGGCUUCAGAGGCAAGGACGGAUGCAUGAGAUCUGUGCACUCACAGACUGCCUCUUUGUGCAAGCAGGGAAGCGAGCCAAGACCUUGCAGCUAGCCAUAGUUUUCUGUUGUGUGCUAAGCGGGGAGCGAUGGACAGUGGCUUCCAGGCAUUGGCAGGCCAGCUUUAUUUUAUUUAUUUCAUACAAUUUAUAAAACACUGUAAAAAAAAAACAAAAAAAAACACCUUGCAGCUGUUUGCUUUAUCCUAUCUUAUCCUGGCCAGUUCAGAAGCUAUUGCCCAUAGCUUCCUAGUCCAGUUCACAUGUAAUAGAAAGCUAUAGUUUAUUGUGACUUCUUGGCUUGUUUCCUUGCUUUCAUGAAGGGAAGAGUGAAGGGGUGGCAUGCAUGUGAAGAGCUUGUGCACAUUUAAUCAAGUGUUGCCCACAGCUGCCAAUGAACCAUCUUCAUCCUUCCCCUGUCAGCUGCUCGUAGAGUCGAGGAUGGUCACCUCACCUUAAUGAGCCAAAGGUGAAACAGCUUCCCAUCUUGGUAAGUUUUCACAAGAUCUGAAGGCUGGUCAAAAAUCAGUGUUUUCUUCUAACUGUGAUUAGUAAAAGAAAUGCUUGAUGGGGAAAAAAAGGAAUGGGACUUGAGCAGGUAUUCUCAACCCAACCCAAUUCAUUUCCUUUCAUUAUUUAUUUGCAUUUUUACUAAUCUUAAUGAACAUGUAACAAUCAACUGAGACCUGAAAACAGUGAUAAGGCAAAGGAAGCCAGUGACCAAAUCUUCCAUUGAGAUGUGAGGAAAGUGUGGAAAGAAUAAGAAAAACAGAGGCAGGGACAUGGGUCACAAGCGGUUGCCAUGUGAUUCAAAUGAAGACCCAGAGACACAGCAGGUUUUUAUACACCGAGACCUAUGCAGAUGCCAUGAAUAGUCCCAUGCAAAGUCAUAUUUGGCAGGUUCAGAUGGGAACGAUUAUUCGCAUAUGUCAUGAAAGCCCACCAAACAGCUGGAAAGCCACCUUGAGUCCCUGUCAGGGGAAAAGGCGGGAUAUAAAUAAAUAUGAUGAUGAUGAUAUAAUCGAGUCUGAUCCCUCUUAAUUUCUCAAUGAUCUGUUGGUGUGAAAGGACCGUAAUAAGUCACUCAGAGAGGAGAACCCCAAAUUUAUGAGUGUACUAGAAAAGGCCAUCUUGUCUUCUGAUUUGCAUAGGGCAGGCAUGGCCAAACUUGGCCCACCAGCUGUUUUGGGACUACAACUCCCAUCAUCCCUAGCUAACAGGACCAUUGGUCAGGGAUGAUGGGAAUUGUAGUCCCAAAACAGCUGGAGGGCCAAGUUUGGCUAUGCCUGGCAUAGGGGAUGUCCUCCAUCUUUACCGAAAGUGUAGAGUCAUUAUAAUGGACUGAGGGUAUCAGCUGCCUUGGAUGACAAGGCAGGCAAGCAUGGGAAAUGUAUGGGGAAAGCACAUCUUAAGAUUCUAGGCUCACUCCCUGGUAUCUCCAGGGUUGGGGCAGUUCUCCUCUGCUGGAGUCCUUUGAGAGAUGCUGUGAGGCCAAACAGUUGCUUCUGGGCAGCACGAGCCAAAAGCCAAACUUUGGUCUAAGGAGGCACGGUUUAUGAGACAACUGUGUGAGAUCUCCACCCAUUUUAUUUUAUUUUAAAGAAAGUAGCAAUUGCGAGGCUCUGCAAGAUGCCGAUUUCGGUUAUUGGAAUCCUCCACCCCUCCCAUUCUGCUUUUCAGGCAAUGGAAAGCAAGCUUCUUGUUGGAGGGAAAAAUAUUGUGGAUCACACAAACGAGCAGCAAAAAAUUCUGGAGCAGAAGCGGCAGGAGAUUGCUGAACAGGUGAGAGGAAGAGGGAGAAGUGCAUGCGUUGAGAUGGGUUGCAGGGGUCCCAGAGUGUGCAGAACGGGGGUGGGGGGGAGCCUGUGGCUGGACUACAACUCCCAUCAUUCCUUCCCACUGGCCCUGCUUGCUGGGGCUGAUGAAAGCUGGAGUCCCGCAAUAUUUGGAGGACUGAACAUUCUCCACUGCCCUGUGUUGUGGCCCUGGGAAACUCACAGCGCGUUUUUCCAUUCCACCGUGGAUCAAGGAUGUCUAUAACAUUUGGGCAGAACCCACUGGGAACAUUUCCUGGGCAGGCAUCUUUGGAAUCCAAUCAGCAGCAAUGCAAAUUUAAUAAGAGCCUUGCUGGAUCAUUUAUUUAUUUAUUAGAUUUAUAUACCAGUUUGGAUCAGAAUAGUACUUGGUCUAAUCCAGCAUCCUGUUGCCCACAGUGGAAAACUUCAUGCAUCUAGAAAGCGCAGUUGGGGUUGAAGGCAAAUUCCCCCCUCUUCAACUCAAGCUCUGCAACAAUUGGUAUUCAAAGGUAUACUUCCUCUGUAUAUGGAAGUUCUGUUUAGGACGGCUAAUGCUGCUGUUUUGAAAGUCCUUUCUGUUUCAAUGAUGAGUGUGCCAGGGAUGUUCUCAGCGGCUUUUGCUCUUACUGUUUCCUUUUUUAAUACAUGAGGUUCAUGAACUUAAUUGCUUGAAAACUUUGAGAACAGCUGAAAGGUAGUAAAAUGCAAACACUGCAAGAUCUUCAAGAAGCUGCAUGAGAAAAGCUAUUUUACUGAACUUUGCUUACGUUCUUCGUUGACUCUUCCCCUUUUCCAUCCUUUAAAACCCCUCUGGCCAAUUAACACUUUGCAGAAAGGAAGCCCAUCUUUUGAAAUCCAAGACUUUUGCUCUUUCCUUUAAGGUGUGAGAACUUAGAACAGGGGUCAGCAACCUUUUUCAGCCGUGGGCCGGUCCACCAUCCCUCAGACCAUGUGGUGGGCUGGAAUAUAUUUUGGAAAAUAAUAUGAACGAAUUCCUAUGCCCCACAAAUAACCCAGAGAUGCAUUUUAAAUAAAAGGACACAUUCUACUCAUGUAAAAACAUGCUGAUUCCCAGACCAUCCGCAGGCCGGAUUUAGAAGGCGAUUGGGCCGGAUCCGGCCCCCGGGCCUUAGGUUGCCUACCCCUGACUUAGAAUGUAGGGGUGGGAUUUGUCUCAGUUGAUGCACAAGCAGAACAAAGUCUUCCUAUGCAACAGGACACCCCUCUCUCUGCCCUACAUGUCCCCUGAAUCUGCUAUGGUGUUUGGUGGAAAACCAAAAACAGGUUUAGGAGGAGGAGAGAAGGGAAAUCCUAUUAUGCAAGUGGACCUCAUUCUGCUCACAGAUCCACCUCUUACUGCCACAUUGAAAUCCACUCUGUGGCUGCAGUCCAGUGCACAGGUACUUGGAAACGAGCCCAUUGAAUCUAGUAGUGCAUAGUAAACAUGGUUUGGGGUCAGUCUGCAAGUCUGUUCCAAGGUCACCAGUAAGCCUUUCAGCAACUCCAGACGAAGUUCAGGCUUCUUGAGCCUCACAAUAUUUCCCCUUAAAAUUAUUUGGAACAAAGUGAACUUUCAGAAUAAAACCCUUCAAAAAUGCACAGCAUUGAUUGGUAACGCCUUGUGUAAAUUCUCUCGCCCCCUGCGAAUGAUUGGCAUGUACCCUGACAGCGCUGAACUCCAGGCCCCCCAAAAAAGUCAUCUUUGUUGUCUCCCGCAGAAACGACGAGAGCGAGAAAUCCAACAGCAGAUGGAGAGCCGGGACGAGGAGACCUUGGAGCUGAAGGAGACCUACAGCUCCCUGCAGCAGGAAGUGGAUAUCAAGACUAAAAAACUGAAAAAGGUGAGUGGCCUCCCUGGAGGUGGGCUGGCAGGUAUGUACAGGUACUGUAUGUGAGCUCUGGAAAUUAGCAUGGAUGUGGCCGAGUCCAGAACUGGGCUUCCUGUCUUCAAGGCACUAAGAUGUGACAGUUUUCUCUGCGCUUUUAGGGCAGGCAAUAGUUAAUUGUCUCAAAGGAGUCGGAAUGGAUCAAACCCCCUGAAUUUCCCCCCACCCAAACCAGGCACAGCUUGCAUCUCCCCAUGAACAAUAAGGCCCAGCGGUUCCCUUUGACCUUGGGGGAGAUGCAAAGCUUUUUGACAGAUGCAUGUUAAAAUUCAGAGUUUUUGGCUGGAAAAUUCUCCACUUGCAUGACCUGGUAAGCUGUUGUAAUUUUACAGGUUCUAACUAGUUCUGUGAGCCAUAAUUAUUAUACGUAAUAGGUUGUGAUGCUAUGUAGUCAUGUACUACCUUGAUUUUUUUUAUUUUGCAAUAGAAUUAAUAUUUUGCUAGGUUGGUUUCAGACAGGGCUGGGGAACCUCAGGCCUGAAAUCCAACUGUGGCCCUCCAGAAUUCGUUACCAAGCCCUUGGGACUGUCCCUAAACCACACCCUUCGCUGACCCUCCGCCUGCUUGGAUCCUUGAGUGUUUUAGCCAAGCUGAAAUGCGUCCUCUUAUAUUACCUCCUGCUUGUCUGAAUGGAGGGCAGAGAGGGCUUGCAGAAACUAGCCUAUUGUACAAAGGUUGCAUUUGCAUUUGUUGCUCCACCCACUUUACCUCUGGCCCCGCCCUCCACUUGUACGUGGCCCUCGCAAGCUUGCCCUGAAGGGAAGACGGCCCCUUGGGCUGAAAAGUCUUCCCCACCCCCAGUUUCAGAGAUUCGCUUUUCACCAAUAUUUCUGCAUGCCUAAUUCCUAAGGAAAAACCCUUAUCUCCUGGUCUGCCCCGCAGAGGACCUUAAGGUCCAUGAAUAACCAUAGUUUAGAGGUCCUGGGCCCUAAGGAAGUCAGACUAUCCUCCACCAGGGCCAGGGCCUUCUCACUGGUGGCUCCGACCUGGUGGAAUGCUCUCUUCCAUGAGACCAGGGCCCUGCAGGAUUUAACCUCCUUCCACAAUGCCUGUAAGACAGAGCUAUUCCGCCUGGCCUUUAUUUUGAAUUCAGCCUGAUCUUUUAUUUACCUUCUCUUCCCUUCCCAUCCCCUUUUAUGAAGAUCACCUGCUCUGAGAACCCACAGCUAAUUCUCCCCUCGCUGGCCCAAGUAGGACCAAUUCAGCCAGCUAGCCCUGGGGAUUAUCUAACUGAUUUUUGAAUUUUAUUGUUAUUCAUGUUUUUAUACUGUAUUUUAUGCUGCUUUUAUAAUUAAGUGUUUUAAAUUUGUUGUUAGCCACCCUGAGCCCGGUUUUUGAACCGGAAGGGUGGGGUGUAAAUAAUAAUAAUAAUAAUAAUAAUAAUUAGAAGGCAGCUGGACUGAGCAGCCUCUGCCCUUUAUUUUUAAUAAAAACUUGAGCUUACGGUAUACCAUUGUGGGACACAAUCCACAAACCCUUUUGAAGUGACCGGGAGCCGUGCAAGAACUGGCCCGCUUGCUCAUGAGGCAGAGAUAGUAGGCUUGGCGGUUUGUGCUGUAGCCCAUGACUCUGGCUCUCUCUCUCAGCUCUUUUCCAAGCUGCAAGCCGUGAAGGCUGAAAUCCACGACCUUCAAGAGGAGCACAUCAAAGAACGCCAGGAGCUGGAGCAAACGCAGAACGAGCUCACACGGGAGCUGAAGCUCAAGUAGGUUUUCAGCCAGCUGUGCGUUGCUCUCGAGGGCUUGGGAAUGGCCUGCGGAGCAGUCUGUCUGCUGGCCAGGAAUGAAAAGCGAAUAUUUCACUUUUACUGAGGCUGCUUGGAGCGUGCUUGCAACAUUACCUUUCUUGAUCUCCGCAGGCACCUGAUUAUCGAGAACUUUAUUCCCUUGGAGGAGAAAAACAAGAUCAUGAACAGGUCGUUCUUCGAUGAGGAGGAGGACCAGUGGAAACUGCACCCCAUCACCCGCUUGGAGUGAGUUGGCGGCCCCCUUGAGCUGGGCUGUAGGGUUUGGGGAAAUGGGGACACACCCUCCAUUAUCUCUUUAGAUUUUCAGUUCAUCCGGCCCGUUCCCUGCAGCUCUGGACUUGAAAUCCAGGCUUAGCUCCAUUUUUCUCAGUUGGUGGCUCACCCAAGGGCAGCGGACUUUCUGCUCCCCUCCUUCUUUUCCAGCCCCAACGAUCACAACGCCACCAUUCUGCAGCUCAGGUUGAUUGAGGCAGGACUCUGGCUGGCAGCAGCUCUGCUUCUGAUCCUGCAAGGCGGUCGCUGCAGCCUUAGAUGUUAUAUGAAAGAUAUUGUGAUGUAACUACCGCUACUUGAACGCUGCAGAUGCAACAUGGAGUUGUGUCCCCAGCUGCCUAAAAGCGGGAAUUUAGCUCAGAGCUUGCUAAUGUAUUUUUCUAUUCAGACAAAUAUUUGUGUACUGCUGCGUCAAAGCAGUUUACAGAAAUCAAAAGAUAAAAUAAAAAACAUAAAAAGUUAAAAAGCAGACAUCAAUUAACCAUUGUGGAAGCUCAUAUUUUUGCCUACAUAAGGCAACAGAACAGAAAUGUUUGCAGCAGGCAUUUAAAAGUUAGCACAGAAGGCGUCUGCUGAAUCUCUAGUGGCAGUGAGUUCCAAAGGACUUGUAGGAUGACCAACGACACUCUUGAAUCUCAGUGACUGAGCAGGGAAAGAAGGGCUCAGGUGAUCCCUGAGGCCCCUGGACCUAAGUUGAAAAUGAAUACAAGGACCUUGAUCCUCAGCAAUUAGUUCUGAGAGGCAUUUUGCCUCUGAAAGUCUCUUUUAUACCCUUCAUGGAUUUCUGUAUCGCCAGAAUCCUCUGCAAGUGCAACUUGCAAAGGGUCAGGAGAAGGAAACCAUUGGAUUGCCAAGUGCUGCCUCUUAAGGCAGCAAAAUACCGUGUGCUGGACCUAGUAUAGUAACGGCAUUGCAUUGCACAUUGAUGUUCAUCCUCCCAGCUGGGAUGUUAAUCCACAUGCUGCAAGAUAAAAUCAAGGCAGGGCCCAAGGUAUGACAGUUGAGGACAGAUGGAAAGGAGCAGGCUGAGAAGUCGCAUCUGGCGGCAUAUCUCACCCUGGAGAUUUCCAAAUUUCUACACAAAGCUCUUCCGGCAUGGUGUUUGUAAUGAACAAAGAAUAUAUUAAUCGAGAGAUCUCUUCCUGGGCCCGUUCCUUUCAAGUAUAAAGUGUCUCUAGGAUCAGCGUUGGGAAACUGCUGACACAGCUUUGCUAUAUAAAGCCUCCGUUAGCAAAUUUAGAUCUGCUGACCGACAAGGAAAGCAAAAUCUUCCCUCCCGUCUUUUGUGCAGGGUACACCUCAUAGGAAAAGCAAGCAGAGUAGAUGGCUAGGGGACAGCUCUGCCUUUGCCAGGUUGAGGGAGACACGCGGCAAUACCGGUUUGUGUGUUAAUGUCCGGCUGGAGGACAUGCCUGUGCUUGCACAAACAUAACUGCCAGCGAAAACAUAGGCACGCUUGGAUUCCUGCUCUUUUUUCAUGGGGAUAAGCAUUCAUAUAAUAAGGGCAGAAUUGUUGUUUAGUCGUUUAGUCGUGUCCGACUCUUUGUGACCCCCUGGACCAGAGCACGCCAGGCACUCCUGUCUUCCACUGCCUCCCACAGUUUGGUCAAACUCAUGCUGGCAGCUUCAAGGACACUGCCCAACCAUAUCGCACUCUGUCGUCCCCUUCUCCUUGUGCCCUCCAUCUUUCCCAACAUCAGGGUCUUUUCCAGUGAGUCUUCUCUCCUCAUGAGGUGGCCAAAGUCUUGGAGCCUCAGCUUCAGGAUCUGUCCUUCCAGUGAGCACUCAGGGCUGAUUUCCUUCAGAAUGGAGAGGUUUGAUCUUCUUGCAGUCCAUGGGACUCUCAAGAGUCUCCUCUAGCACCAAAAUUCAAAAGCAUCAAUUCUUCGGCGAUCAGCCUUCUUUAUGGUCCAGCUCUCACUUCCAUACAUCACUACUGGGAAAACCAUAGCUUUAACUAUACGGACCUUUGUCGGCAAGGUGAUGUCUCUGCUUUUUAAGAUGCUUUUUAAGAUGCUUUUUUAAGAUGCUCUUCGUGACCCCCUGGACCAGAGCACGCCAGGCACUCCUGUCUUCCACUGCCUCCCGCAGUUUGGUCAAACUCAUGCUGGCAGCUUCAAGGACACUGUCCAACCAUAUUGCGCUCUGUCGUCCCCUUCUCCUUGUGCCCUCCAUCUUUCCCAGCAUCAGGGUCUUUUCCAGGGAGUCUUCUCUUCUCAUGAGGUGGCCAAAGUAUUGGAGCUUCAGCUUCAGGAUCUGUCCUUCCAGUGAGCACUCAGGGCUGAUUUCCUUAAGAAUGGAUAGGUUUGAUCUUCUUGCAGUCCAUGGGACUCUCAAGAGUCUCCUCUAGCACCAAAAUUCAAAAGCAUCAAUUCUUUGGCGAUCAGCCUUCUUUAUGGUCCAGCUCUCACUUCCAUACAUCACUACUGGGAAAACCAUAGCUUUAACUAUACGGACCUUUGUCGGCAAGGUGAUGUCUCUGCUUUUUAAGAUGCUUUUUAAGAUGCUUUUUUAAGAUGCUCUUCGUGACCCCCUGGACCAGAGCACGCCAGGCACUCCUGUCUUCCACUGCCUCCCGCAGUUUGGUCAAACUCAUGCUGGCAGCUUCAAGGACACUGUCCAACCAUAUCGCGCUCUGUCGUCCCCUUCUCCUUGUGCCCUCCAUCUUUCCCAACAUCAGGGUCUUUUCCAGUGAGUCUUCUCUCCUCAUGAGGUGGCCAAAGUCUUGGAGCCUCAGCUUCAGGAUCUGUCCUUCCAGUGAGCACUCAGGGCUGAUUUCCUUAAGAAUGGAUAGGUUUGAUCUUCUUGCAGUCCAUGGGACUCUCAAGAGUCUCCUCUAGCACCAAAAUUCAAAAGCAUCAAUUCUUCGGCGAUCAGCCUUCUUUAUGGUCCAGCUCUCACUUCCAUACAUCACUACUGGGAAAACCAUAGCUUUAACUAUACGGACCUUUGUCGGCAAGGUGAUGUCUCUGCUUUUUAAGAUGCUUUUUAAGAUGCUUUUUUAAGAUGCUCUUCGUGACCCCCUGGACCAGAUCACGCCAGGCACUCCUGUCUUCCACUGCCUCCCGCAGUUUGGUCAAACUCAUGCUGGUAGCUUCGAGAACACUGUCCAACCAUCUUGUCCUCUGUCGUCCCCUUCUCCUUGUGCCCUCCAUCUUUCCCAACAUCAGGGUCUUUUCCAGUGAGUCUUCUCUUCUCAUGAGGUGGCCAAAGUCUUGGAGCCUCAGCUUCAGGAUCUGUCCUUCCAGUGAGCACUCAGGGCUGAUUUCCUUCAGAAUGGAGAGGUUUGAUCUUCUUGCAGUCCAUGGGACUCUCAAGAGUCUCCUCCAGCAUCAUAAUUCAAAAGCAUCAAUUCUUCGGCAAUCAGCCUUCUUUAUGGUCCAGUUCUCACUUCCAUACAUCUGGACCAUAAAGAAUAGUUAUAUUUUAAACAGACUAGUUGUGUUUGUGGUGGAGGAUUGCAGUAGCUAAACAGCAUUGAGGAACAUAGGACAUGUGUAUCGAGCUGGACCAGUGGUCCAUCUGUUUCAGUACUGUCUACACUGGCUGACAGCAACUCUGCAGGGGCAUUCCCAAACCCAACUGGAGAUGUUGCCAGGGACUGAACCUGGAACCUUCUGCAUGCCAAGCAGGUAAUAAUAAUAAUAAUAAUAAUAAUAAUAAUAAUAAUAAUAUUUUUUUUAAAAUGAUAUUUAUUAAAGUUUCAAAAAAAGGUUACAUAGAUAAGAAUAAAAAAAAUAGAGAAAAGAAAAAUACAAAAUACAAAAAAAAAUUAAAAACAAUUCCAUCUUUUCAUCACUUAUCUUUCAUUUACUUGUUUCCCGGACCUCCUCAUGCCUCCCUUUUUUGUAUUCCAGUUCAAUUUAUUAGUUCAGCAAUUCCUUUCCCUCCUUAUUUUAUCCUGAUCUUUAAUCUUAAUAUAUUAUAGCAUUGAGUUUUUAUGUAUUGAAAAUCCAAUUUUUCCAUAUUCUUUUAUACCAUUACAGCUAGAAACCACUUAACUUCAAUCCAACAUCAUUCUAACAUUCAUUAAUUUUACAAUAUUUCUGUAAAUAGUCUUUAAAUUUCUUCCAAUCUUCUUCCACCGACAAUAAUAAUAAUAAUAAUAAUAAUAAUUUAUUAUUUAUACCCUGCCCAUCUGGCUGGGUUUCCCCAGCCACUCUGGGCGGCUUCCAACAAAACACUAAAAUGCAAUAACCUAUUAAACAUUAAAAGCUUCCCUAAACAGGGCUGCCUUCAGAUGUCUUCUAAAAGUCUGGUAGUUGUUUUUCUCUUUGACAUCUGGUGGGAGGGCGUUCCACAGGGCGGGCGCCACCACCGAGAAGGCCCUCUGCCUGGUUCCCUGUAACUUGGCUUCUGGCAGCGAGGGAACUGCCAGAAGGCCCUCAGCGCUGGACCUCAGUGUCCGGGCAGAACGAUGGGGGUGGAGAUGCUCCUUCGGGUAUACGGGACCGAAGACGUUUAGGGCUUUAAAGGUCAGCACCAACACUUUGAAUUGUGCUCGGAAACGUACUGGGAGCUAAUAAUAAUAAUAAUAAUAAUAAUAAUAAUAACAAUAAUACAGUCAUACCUUGGUUGUCAAGCGGUAUCCAUUCCGGCAGUCCGACUUCCAAAAACAUUCGACAACCAAGGCGCAGCUUCUCAUUGGCUGCAGGAGCUUCCUGCACUCAAUCGGAAGCCGCUUCAGACGUUCGGGUUCCAAAGAACAUUCACAAACCGGAACACUCACUUCCGGGUUUGUGGGGUUUGGGAGCCAAAACGUCUGAGUCGCAAAGCGUUUGAGAUCCAAGGUACGAUUGUAAUAAUUUUUAUUUAUAUCCCACCCAUCUGACUGGGUUUCCCCAGCCACUCUGGGUGACUUACAGAAUUCAUCAAAACAAAACAAAACGUCAAACGUUAAAAGCCAGGUCCUCUACAACUGAGCAGAUUAGGCCCUUCCCAUAAUAAUCCUUGUGGGAAAAGUUGUUCUGAUAUUUAAAGUGUGCAUUUGAAUGAAAGAGAGGCAAUCCCUCCUGACGGAAGCGCUUACAUUGUCAUUUUUUCAAACGACUACAGCUCAGGCGUGGUCUCAGAGAGAACUCUGGCUAUGGAAGUUUUCAAACCAGUGGCAGCAUCCACACAUCUGUCUGUUCCUACUCCUGCAGUUCCCAGUUAAAUUGUGGGACAGGCACUCCUCUUCUCCCCAGAACAUCCCCGUUUCCCUUGUUCUCAUGGUAGCUCCUAGCGACCAAGACCAGUCUGAAGGUUUCCUGAUGGUGCUGGCCCUGGGCCUCUCAAGCAGCUGCCGUCAUGUAGCCUGGCAGCCAGGAGUGGCACAGUAGCACCUAGGACUCUCCCUCCUUGGAGGUUGGGUGGCCAUCUGCCACGGAUGCUUUAGCCGAGAUUCCUGCAUUGCAGGGGGUUGGACUGGAUGAGCCUCGGGGUCCCUUCCAAGAUUUUCCUGACGCAGCAAUUGCAGGCUGGUUGGAGAGAAUCAGUGGGUCCGAAGUUGGGCUGCUUGUGGAGGGAAGGGGGCUGGCUCCUGCAGUGGGCUUGAUGUCCUUUUCCCUCGCCAGGAAUCAACAGAUGAUGAAGAGGCCGGUGUCAGCUGUGGGAUACAAGAGGCCGCUGAGCCAGCAUGCUAAGAUGUCCAUGAUGGUUCGCCCAGAAGCCCGGUACAGGGUAAGCUCAUGCUCAGAUCUGCAUAAAAUCAUGAAUGGUGUGGAAGGUUCCUCGUGGGAGAAGCUCACCAUCUCCCCAAAUACAAAAGACCUGAGAUCGGACCCUGCUAAUUUCAGGCCGAUUAGUCUCCUAAGCAUUAUCAGUAAACUAUAUGCUGCCCACUUAUGUAAUAAACUUGAGAAUUGGAUGCAGCGAGAACUGUCCUUACAGAAGCACAAGCUGCUUUCAGGGCAAACUGGUCAACUUUAGACCAAGGCCUAGGACUCCUACAUCUUGUGGAAAAAUACACCUCAAGAAAAGGAGAAUCCCUCUACGCAGCUUUCAUAGAUUUUAAAUCUGCCUUCGAUUUAGUAUCCCGAGAUAGGCUUUGGGGAAAACUAAGCGCCUCAAGCAUAGACAGACAUCUACUGUGUCUUAUCUGCAGUUUAUACGAAAACACUCGGGUCCGGGUUAGGUGUGACCGACAGGGCCAUUUAUCCAAGGAAAUCCAAACCUCCCAUGGUGUUAAACAAGGCUGCGUCCUUGCGCCUACUGUAUUCAACUUCUACAUUAACUCCUUAGCAGGAAACAUGGAGAAAGAAAAUGCCCACCCCCCUAAAUUGGCUGGUACGUUUGAUAAAUUUUUAAACUGCUGCUAUAUCUGAAUUGUCUCUGUAGUGCCCGAUUGCAAUUCGGUGUAUUCCUGUUGUUUUGUGAUUUUCCUGAUGUUGUGGGUGACCCGGAGCUGGUCUGUGACUGUAAUAAUAAAAUUCAAAUUCAAAGACCUGAGGUGCUAAAAGGUUUGGGCAGGAGGUUUACACCAUGCAAAAAGAAGCACUUCGAAGUAAAAGUCACCUUUCGCUCUCUACGCUGCGCAGUGUUGCAGUGGCCGGGGGCUGGGAGGGUGGCUGCUUGCGCCACACAGGGGCAUAGCUUUUGUCUUCGGGAAGAGCGCCAUGUCUGCACCCAUAACCAGAGGUGCAUCUCAGCAUUGUGCCCAGGGUUGCAGGGCUUCACUGAGGCACCAGUUGCUACUUUUCAUCAAGAAAAUUCCCUGUUAGUCAUGCUUUUUUUUUUUAAAUGAUAUUUAUUAAAAUUUCAAAAGAAAAAGAUUACAUUAAAAAGAAAAUUAACAGUAAAAAGGAAAAAUACAAAAUACAAAAUACAAAAAAGAAAAACCAGUUAAAAACAAUUCCAUCUUUUCAUCACUUCUUUUACAUUUACUUGUUUCCCAGACCUCCUCAUACCUCCCUCUUUUGUAUUCCAAUUCAAUUUAUUAGUCCAGCGAUUCCUUUCCCUCCUUUUUAAUCCUGAUCUUUAAUCCUGAUAUAUUAUAACAUUAAAUUUUUAGAUAUUAAAAACCAAUUUUUCCGUAUUCUUUUAUACCAUUACCGCUAGAAACUGCUUAACUUCAAUCCGUCAUCAUUCUAACAUUCAUUAAUUUUACAAUAUUUCUGUAAAUAGUCUUUAAAUUUCUUCCAAUCUUCUUCCACCGACUCUUCUCCCUGUCAUGCUGUUUGUUUGGUUCCUGAUGCAGCAUCACAAUUCACAACAGGCCUCUAUGUCAGGGGUGGGGAAGCCGUCAUUUCCCUUCCACAGGAAACAUUUUCGUCUGUAAAUUUUUAACGUCUGCAGUAUUUGGUUGUCCUCCAGUAGGAGAGCCAGGCUCUCUUUAAAAAUUAUUAUUCAUCUUAUUUAUCACAAAGUAUAAGGACAGGUGCCAAAUAAAAUAAAACUAAAUUAGAAGGGGAUAUCUCAGACUAAACAUACAGGAACACAUUUCUGCUCCAGAACUCCAAAAACAAAUAUAAAAAAUAUAUAAAAAUAAUACCAGAAGAUUCCAAGUAACACAAAUAGGUUUAAAUUAUCGUGUACCUUAUUACUCCAGUACAUUGGGAAAAGACUCCAUUUCUCAAUACUGUUGUCGACUCUCUCUGGUUCUCACCAUAUAUGCAAGCUUAACCAUGCAUACUUUGUCCCAGAUGUUAGUUAGCCAUUCUCUCGUGGAUGGCGUUCUCAUUUCCCCCACAGUUUUGACAAAUAUUAAUUCUGGCAGCAGUUAAGUGAUGUUACAUUAAUUCCCUGUCCUCUGUUAGUACAGUUUACAUAACAUAUCUAAAUAGUAAAAUUGGAGGAGCCCAUGGGUAAAGUAUACAGGCCCACGGGUGGUGCUGUGGGUUAAACCACAGAGCCUAGGACUUGCCAAUCAGAAGGUUGGCGGUUCAAAUCCCUGCACUGGGGUAAGCUCCCGUUGCUCGGUCCCAGCUCCUGCCAACCUAGCAGUUUGAAAGCAUGUCAAAGUGCAAGUAGAUAAAUAGGUACCGCUCCGGCGGGAAGGUAAACGGCAUUUCCAUGCACUGCUCUGGUUUGCCAGAAGCGGCUUAGUCAUGCUGGCCACGUGACCCGAAAGCUGUACGCCGGCUCCCUCGGCCAAUAAAGCGAGAUGAGUGCCGCAACGCCAGAGUGGGCCAUGACUGGACCUAAUGGUCAGGGGUCCCUUUACCUUAUGGGUAAAGUAUAGCCCAAGCUAUCGACCAGUGGGUCAACUCAGCCCCCUGCUAACCGUCUCUGUGUUGUGAUGCUGUGGAAGAAAUCCCCACCUCAAGUUAACAAAGAGACACUCAGACCCAGCUUCCUGCAAUACCCGCUAUCCAACUCUCUGCAUAGCAAAACAUGUUUCCUAAAGCAAAGCCCUCUGCUUGGCUGAGGACUUAAAACAAAAGGGACCUGGCCUCUUGUUCUCUGCAAAAUGCCCAGCAUACUGAUGGCCUCCUAUAAAUAAGUAAUACAGCCUUACUGAGCAGGAAGAGUAUGGGUUGGGGCCAGGGGGACCAGGAAGCCAGAAAAAGGAGGCAAACUGUCAAAUUAUCGCUGGAAUGAAGGCGCCUAUUGGAAAAUGCAGGAUGCCAAACACGUUUCAGUGUGUCGUCUUUUUCGGGAGCAAAGAGAUUUCUAUUCCACUUAUAGUGAGGGGUCAUUUUGAAUUCAAAAUGCUGUGGACAGCUUGAGCUUUCUAAUAAAUAUCUCUGCAAUCUUUUAGAAGUAUAAUCCACUUGAGUUCCUGUGACUGUUCUUUCGUUACCUACAAUUGGGAGAACCUUCGCCCGAUUUCUGCUGCGAAACAGAGCACAUGUGAGCAAUAAAGUUGUCUGCUGGCUUGUGGGCCUAGGUGCCUGUCUGAACUCUCCUGGUUCUGAUCCCUCAGGCAGAAAACAUUGUAUUGCUGGAACUGGAUAUGCCUAGCCGGACCACCCGGGACUACGAGGGCCCAGCCAUUGCCCCCAAAGUACAAGCAGCUCUUGAGGCUGCUUUGCAAGAAGAAGAUGAGAUACAAGUGGACGCUUCCACAUUUGAGAGUACAUCCAACAAGAAGUCAAAAUCCAGGUGAGCUCUGGUCGUUGGAAGGAGAGCAGAUACACACACACACACACACACACACACACACAAAAUUCCGGAAGCCCAUAUCCUGGGUAGUCAAGUUCAGGCUGAAUUUGUUAGCACCGGACUACUUAAAUUGAGGGGAUGGUUUCUGCACAGUAAGCAGUAUUUGGUAGAGGUGAAGGGUUUUCUAAAAUGUUUGAGAAAAUGGGAGAGGCUUGGCAUGCUGCCGCCCCCUUUUCUAAAAGCAUCCAUAGAAGGAAAACUAUUUGCAACAACUGCUUGACUGUCAGCUGGAAACCUGGUUAUUUUCUUAAAACGGUGGUUCCCAAAGUGGGCAUUAUUGCUCCCUGGGGAGCAGUGGGAUUACUUGGGAGACGCUAAGAGGCAAGUGGAAAACAGAAGUGCCUGGCGUGCUCUGGUCCAUGGGGUUACGAAGAGUCGGACACAACUAAACGACUAAACAAAAGAGGCAAGGGGUGGAAGGGGUUGGUGGUGGUAUAGAUGACAAUUAGACUCUGAAAAGUUGGUAUGACAAUAUCAAGCUCAUCACUUUUGUUGAAUUAAUGGAACUAAAUGGUUUUCAUUUGAUUUUGAAUAAAUGUGCAGCAAAUGGUUACUACUUUGAACUUUAUUGUGCUCCUAUCCUCCUUAGUGGGUUGUGAAAACUUAUGUUCCGAAUGCUGCUUUUUUGUAUGGUGGGGGACACAGGGGGUGAGUUUAUGGAACCAAGGGGGAGGUGGCCCAAUUUUGGGGAGGAGCCACUGUCUUAAACAGAACAGCCUGGCCAUCCCAAAGCAACGUAGUCGGUAAGGUUUAAUAGUAAUAAGCCGAUUCUAAAGCAGAUUGUCCCACGAGAAGCCAAUAAUUCAUCAUUCAGCUCCAAGAAAUGGCUUUCCCUUUGUUUAUCCCCGACAAGUUUCGUUCGUCACACAUUCUUCGGGUUCUUCUGUUUUCCAGGCCUAAAACGGGAAGGAAAUCGGGUGGCUCUUCGUCCAGUCCAUCUGGGUCUCAGCUCUACCCUCAGUCUCGUGGGCUGGUCCCCAAGUAA